CCUUAGUGCCUCACUUCCUUGGUUUCUUACAGCAUUUCCUGAGCACAAAUUGAUAAACCAUUGACAUGUUUUGGAAGAGGAAAAAAGGCACAGGAAGCUGAUGUUUAAACUCUCGGUCUUACGGGGCCUAGAAGGAGAAAAGCUCCAAAUUAGAAGCUGUAUGAACUUCAGCAUUUUAUGCCAAGCUGUUAAAUUGUGUCUUGUGAAAGGACAAACAAGGGAUCCUACUAUUUCUUUCCGUGCACAAUGUGGACUCUGCAAAAGUCAUUGCUAUUGCUACGAACUGACUAAACGUCGUGUCAGGAUGUGAGUCUGCACUGCCUGUUGGCUGAGGCAGAUUCACUGGGAUUUUAUUUUCUUUUUCUGAAACUGGUGGUUGUUUACAGACAGCUCUUGUGGUAAAGCAAUUUAAGGCACAGAUUACUGAAGUUAUCUUGUUCACCCAUGAAGAACAAGGGAGCAAAACAGAAAGGAAAACGGAAGGGUGCGAAGGACACUGCGUUUGGUUGUGACCUAGGUGACUACUUACAGAACUCCGGACAGGAUGUUCCUCAAGUCCUCAAAAGCUGUGCAGAAUUCAUUGAAAAACAUGGCAUUGUAGAUGGGGUCUACAGGCUGUCAGGAAUUACAUCCAACAUUCAGAGGCUGAGGCAGGAGUUCGGAACAGAGCAACGUCCUGACCUGACUAAGGAAGUAUAUCUACAAGACAUCCACUGUGUGGGCUCCCUCUGCAAACUGUACUUCCGUGAGCUGCCUAACCCCCUUCUCACGUAUGAGCUCUACAAAAAAUUCACAGAGGCAGUCUCUGCUCGGUCAGAGGAGGAGCAGCUGAUCAGAAUACAAAAUGUCAUCAAAGAGCUACCUCCUGCACAUUACAGAACUCUGGAAUACCUGAUCAAACAUUUGACACAUAUUGCUUCCUUCAGCACGAUGACAAACAUGCACUCCAGGAAUCUGGCCCUUGUCUGGGCUCCCAAUUUAUUAAGAUCAAAAGAAAUAGAAGGGUCUGGAUAUAACAACGAUGCUGCAUUUCUGGAGGUUCGAGUCCAAUCUAUUGUUAUUGAAUUCAUCCUGAAUCAUGUCAAUCAACUCUUCAUUAGCAACACAGUCCAACCUGGGCAGGAAACUGAAGCACACAAUCCUGUUGUGAAAUGCAAAUCACUCCCUAUUGUUCCACCCUCGAUGAAGCUUUUAAGCUUAGAGGAAGCCCAGGCCAGGACUCUGAGACCCGACCAUCCUGCUCGUCUUGAUAAAUCGCACUGUGCUCCAAUGGACACUGGUCCUGCUGCUGGGACUAUUUAUCACACUGUCAUUGAUCUGCCAGAUCCCAGGAGAAAACUUCCUGCAAAGACAAAGAAAUGGAAAUCCAUAUUUAACCUGGGACGAUCAGGAAAUGAUUCAAAGGGUAAACUAAGCAGAAAUGGCAGUGUGUUUGUGAGAGGACGUCAAUUUGCAGAGAAAGGCAACAUUCGGCCUGCUAAAAGCAUGGAAUCCCUUUGCUCUUUGCCAACAGAGGAUGACGAAAAAGGGGGUCGAUUUAAACAUGCUGCAACUCUGGGAGGAAAUCUCUCACCAUCACUGAAAUCUCGCACACUCGGCUCAGGAAGUUCUUACAGUCUAGGCAGGAGGCACAGUGAUUGGGAUCAGGACGAGCUCAUUGGUGCUAUUGGAGGCUGUGCCAAAGACUUUAGUGAAGAAACGCCUGCCAAGGGGUCGGCACCUUUCAGGGCACAACCAGAGCAGCUGAAGGUUUUUCGUGGAGACGCUUUCAAUAAAUCAGAACCCACGUCACCAAAGACUAGACGGCUGUUUUAUUCAAACAAUUCCAAUGAUUCUCCAGCAAAAUCUAAUUUCCCAGGUGACUUAUUUCCUCUUGAAGCAUCGCCACAACAUCAUAGAAAGCCAAUGGCAUUGAAUAUAUCUGAGCCUUUUUCUGUAUCUGUGCCAUUACACAUCUCAGGAAUUAUCAGUCCCACCACCGCACCCUCUAGACAAGCACAAAAUCUAAAAGACUUAGCUCUGCAAGAAUCAACAAAUGGAACAUCCCAAGGUGACAUCAGUAUUCUACCAGUCACCGAAAAUGGAGAAGGAGGUCCUCACAGUGAGCAGUCCAAUUCAGAAAGCCAAAGGUCGAAUGAUGACCAGGAAAUUGAGAAGCCCCAGUUGCAGCCUGAACCACUCACUGAGGAUUACUCAGAUUCACCGUCGCAAGAUCAGCCACAAACUUUUCCAACUCCGACAGGUCAACGCUCUGAUCCAUUAGAGCUCAAACCCUCAACAUCAGUGACCAGCUCACCUGUUCCUCCUGACCUUGGUGAGAAAACAAAACUGGAUGAAACAUAUCCUUCAGCUGCAUUCCCCACAAGGCAACCAAGUGAAAAUGGACAUCAAACAGAAUGGAGCAAUGAUAUAGAAGAGCAUCUGGCAACUAAACAGGGCACAGAUUCAUCUGCCAAGGCAUUCAUAGAGCAACUGUGGCCAGAAAUGAAAGAGCUCGAAAUCAGAGAACCUGAGGAGGUCACUGCAGUGAACAAUGCUCAAGAAAAGAUGGAGGACAGGCCCAGUCAGUCACAUAACAAGAGUGAUAUGGAGGAAAAGUCCCUGCCUGAUACAACGGUAAAGCCAAAGUUUAAAGGACCUCAAAGAAUACACAGUCUUCCUGACCUCUUCUUAUCAAGUCCACCUCCAAUGAUUGAAAAUAGCACAGCACUGUGCCUGAAUGCCACAAAUCACAUAUAUUCCAGUGAAGCAAGUAGCACCAAGAUCUCUGAUCCUAGCCUGGCCCUGUCACAGCUGAAUCCAUCCACCAAACCCUUGAGUGAGUGCUCAAAGACAGAGCUUUCUAAACCAAUAACAGAUGCAAACAUUUUGAUGGCACCAAUCGAGAGCCUACCAAUGUGGUGCACAGGAGUUUCUACAGGUUCUUUCAUCUCAAAUUAUCCUGAAUCUAAUCUGGAUCAACUAACUAAUCCUAAUUCAGAUGAGAAGCAUCAAUGUCCAGCUGCUACUCUUGAAGUUAAGCCUUCGGAGCCUUGCAUUAAGGAUGGAACCUCUAACAAAUUUGAACCAAACUUAAAAGCAGAUGACAAUGUUUCAGGAACAUGCUCAGAAGAUGCCCUCUCCAUCCAAACAGAACAGACAGCAGUCAAUCUGUCCAACAACGAAUGUGAUCAAAAGGGGCAAUUUGCAGAUAUGCAGUCCAAUCAGAAAUCUGCAGCAGCACAGACUGAUGCCAGUGAGCUCCUCCUACUGGAAGAUUGCAUGGUGAAUGAGACUUUAAAACAGCCUGGCCCCCAUUCACCCGAAUCAGAUCAAUCUAUGAAAGAUGGGAAAGAAUGUUCAACAUUAAUGCCUCCAAAUGAAAUACCAGGUGAAAGGCAGGAGACGUUAUCACCUGAUGUUUGUACAGAUAUGAUAGCUUCUGAAGAUCUUUACAAUCAAUCAUCUCAAUCUGCGAAGAAAUAUAUUGAGUGGAACAGACAAAGCCCAGAGACCUCUUCACAAAUCUGCAACGGUGAGUCUUUAAAAAAUAGCUCUAAUCCAACCAAUUCUGUACAGUUCCCAAAUGGAGUGGAGGGAAUCUCUACAAGUGACCAGCAACAUGUUUCACUAACUGAAGACAAUACAUUAUCAUCAAAUGGAUCAGAGAGUUUAUGCAUUAUAAAUGCAGGGGCGACACCAUGUUUUCAGUCAUUAGAAUCUGAAUCCGGAAGGACAACAUCUGAUAGAAAUGACUGCUUGAAGUCUAAUGAUGAGGCCUCAUUACUUGUCUUAUACCCCAUGGUCAAUGACAAGCCUCCAAUAUCUGAUGAUUGUACUAUUCAGUCAAUCCCCGUCGGUGUCACUGCCAUUAGAAUGACUUAUAUGAUAAAGACAUGUCAAGUCAAAGCCAUUCCAGUCAUUCCACCAAAACUCCAGUUCACUCAGAUCCCACAACCUUUAGCAAAAAAGAAUCUCUCUCCUCCUGCACUUCCUUUGGAUAAAGUGUUAACAAUUUUGCAGCCCAUUACAGCAUGUGAACAGAGCAGUCCUGAGAGCAAAAGUAGAUUGGAUUCUUCUUUAAUAAAUUCUUCAGCAGCGGAAUAUAAAGAUGGGAAAGAAAAUGGCCUACCUGGGCAUGGAUCUUCUACAAUUUCACUGGAUACCUCACUUGUGCAAUCCAAAACCACCGAAACAACACCAAUUGUAAAAAGAACCUGCCAGUCAAAUGGAGAGGAUGUAUUUGAAAGUUCAACGCCUUCUAGAACGGAAAGAUCUCCAGUGCAACAAAAGCCUGGGUUUCUGCGGCAUGCACAGCACAGGUCAAAGACAGGUCGGCCUCAAAGUCUCAUCCUAUUCAGUCCACCCUGGCCUAACAUGGAACGUCCUUCUACCCUAGACACCAACAAGGUGCUUCUUAGUCCAGUGCAAUCCAGCCCUGAACCACUUUCACCAUUAGAAUUGGAUCACACAACCACUGACAGCUACAUGCAUGAACUUAAUGACAGUCAGAAGGGGCCAGAGGGUGUCACACUUCGAAGCCGAAUGAGCAUGCCAAAAAGUGGGCAGAGGUUGGAGACCUCAACAAGUUGUUUUUACCAGCCUCAAAGGAGGUCCAUGAUAUUUGAAAAUAGAGGGGGCAGGCAAAUUGAAUGACCACCUUUUGCUGAUUCUACAAUCUCCAGACUGGCAAAGAUUUACUAGUUAUGACACUUUUCAAUCACAAUCUAUAUGUAUUCUAAUACCUACUGCUCAAAUGUCUGUCAAAGAUUGAAAAUAUGCAUUAAAACAAGCACAAAAUGAAAGAUGUGAAGUAGCUGGAUUUGUACAAGGUGAGGGCUAUUGGCUAUUUGGAUUAGGUGGUUCAUAAACAGACCUAAGUCUAGCAUUGAUUACAAUACCACUUAACUAAGUGCAAGUUAAAAUGAAUCUAGAGUAAAUCCAAAAUAUGCAAAGUAAUGGCCAAACUGUUCUUUAAAAGUACAUUUCAUAUAGCUUCUCUAAACUAAAUCUGUGCAAUGAAUGUGAGGAAGAGUUAAUUACUGCCAAACUGUACAGUUCUCAUCUUGCUAACAGCUUAUUUCUCAUUUCAAUAGAAUGGGUGCCCUUGCCUGAUUUGCUACAGGAAAUGCAUUACUGUAAUAUUUAUUGGAAUUUGUAGUGAAUCUCAUUACAGGAUAUGUGGAGACAUAUUUUACCAUGAGUGUUAUAAGCAUGAAAUUGUGCAUCAUUGGUGGUUAAGAAACUUAAUUUUAUCAACAUACUGUUUUGUUUAUUGCUUACUUUACCUGUUGAUCUAUUAAACAUUGUAACACAGCAACCUCAGUCCAAAUUAUAGUAUUUUCCAAAUUUAUACAGAUCCAUUGUACCUCAUAGAAAAGAAAGCUAUGCAGAAUUGUGUCACUCAUUUUUUAGCUCAAGCGGAUAAUCUACAAAAGAUAUACUACUGUAUUAUUUAUCUAGAUACAGCCAUCUCAGAGGAUAGACAACACCAGUGUUUUUUUUCUGUAAAUGCUUCAACAUCUCAGUUUCAGUGUUUAUGUCUUUCUCAUGUACGGAAACUAUUUCUAUAUUGUCAAAUAUUAAAUGUAAGUAUG